GAGCCAAGGGUCAGCCUGACCAGAAGGGCAAGGAUGGAAAAGGAGGCCAGGGUCAGCCCAGCCAGGCUGGAAAAGGAGCCAAGGGUCAGCCUGACCAGAAGGGCAAAGAUGGAAAAGGCGGCGGCAAGAGUCAGGCUGACCAGAAGGGCAAAGAUGGACAAGGCGGCAAGAGUCAGGCUGACGAGAAGGGCAAAGAUGGAAAAGGCGGCAAGAGUCAGGCUGACCAGAAGGGCAAAGAUGGAAAAGGCGGCAAGAGUCAGCCUGACCAGAAGGGCAAGGAUGGAAAAGGAACCAAGGGUCAGAUGUUGAAGGGCAAAGAUGGAAAGGGAGCCCAGAGUCAGUCUUUUUCUACCCUGCCGAGCGGCGAUGGAAAAGGAGGAGGAAAGACCGGGAGAUCCAGGCGACCGCCGACUGUGCAGGACCUGCUGGAAGUCUUGCGCCUCGCCUGA